GGCAAUGAUACGGGCCACCUCAAACAGCACCGAAACAGACACACAAGAAAGACACGCAGCCAUUGCACCGUUCGCCCCUUGAAGCGAUGUCGCCGCUUUCGAGCGAUAUCAGAUAGGCGGCAACACGUCUUGCCAACAGCCGCCGCGAAAAGCGAAGAGAACAAUCCGCCUCGGACGCCACAAGCCGCCGACAGCCCCCGGCUGUCGCGAUGUUGUAUGUAAACCAUGGAUAGCAGAAUAAAAGAGAAACCAGAGAGAACUUUUGAUCUGGUUCUACAGGUGGCUUGCCCAGCGUCUCAGAAUGAGGGUAAACGAUUAACUGCGUGUGUCCGUGCGGCUGCCAUGCUUUUCCCCAUGUACUGGCAGCACAUCUUCAUCCCUGUGCUGCCCCCGCAUCUUCUGGACAACUGCUGCGCCCCCAUGCCAUACUUGGUAGGAGUCCACCUUAGUCUACUGGAGAGUGCGCGUAGCCGGUCACUGGAGGAUGUGGUCAUUUUGAACGUGGACACCAACACGCUGGAGAGCCCCUCCAAUGACCUGCAGAACCUGCCCAGUGAUGUGGUGUCCUCUCUGAAGAGUAAGCUGAAGAAGCAGUCCACAGCAACAGGAAGUGGUGUAGCCAGGGCUUUCCUGAGGGCGCAGGCCGCCCUCUUUGGAUCCUACCGUGAUGCCCUCAGAUACAAACCUGGAGAGCCGGUCGCGUUCUGCGAGGCGAGCUUUGUGAACCAUCGCUCAAGCACCAUGAGGAACUUCCUGGCAAUGGCCGUCAACUUGCAGCUCUUCAAACAGUUCAUCGACGGGCGGCUGGCCAAAUUGAACGCAGGCCGGGGCUUCACUGACGUGUUUGAGGAAGAGAUCACGGAGGGGGGCUUCUGUGGAAGUAACUCGAGGUCUUACCAGCAGUGGAUGCACACCGUGAAGCGAGGGGGCGCCUUCCUCAACACGGCAGUGACCAAGGCCAAGAGUCAUGCCAAGAGAGGCAUCCGGGACAUUAAGGGGAGACUCAAGGCAAAGGAGGAAGAGGAUGAGGGGAUGACAUUGUGUGGGGGGUCUCCUACCAGCACCAAGAGCCUAUCUCCAAGGAGACUGCAGAGGAUGAGAAGGCAAAACUUCAAGUCACCCAUGAGUAUGGGCCCUCGCGAUCUGGGGUUUGGUCUUGAAGAUGACGAACUGGACUCUGCAAGCAAGAUCUCGUCAGAGGACAGUGGCGAGGUUCCCUCCUACAACGAGGACAGCGACGACUCCUGUUCGUUGGACCUGGACAUUGAGCCCUCCCAUGCAGGUCAGAUGAACCUGCUGGAGGAGAUCCUGGACUCUCUGAACACAACAACAUUGGAGCAAGGCAAACUCAGCGCUGCCAAGAGUCUGGACUUCUUCAGGUCCAUGGAUGAUAUAGACUACACCAUCUCGAAAAACGCAGCAUCCUCAAAUGAGUCCAAAUCUCCAGUUGGGGUUGGCUCUGGUGGAGGCAGUGAUCAGGGAGGCUGGAAUAUGGGCCAGGAUGACAGCGCAGUCCAUGGGAAACAUCUUCCCCCAUCGCCACGAAGACAGCCCACCAAGAGUAGUCUGAAGGGGUUGCAGAAUCACAAAAAAGAUCCCUCACUGCCCCCUCUAGUCACCACCCCAGCCACAGGUGUGGCCCAGGACACGGAUAUCUCUGAGGCCCGGCUGGGAGUUUGUCAUUCUGAACUGCGUCUUCACCUGAUACCUGGGAAACAACAAGGAAAACGCUAUUCCUACUCUCCUUCGGUGUCCCACAAGGUUACCCCUACCCCGCCACCAUCCUCCACUCCCUCCCAUGCAUGCAGUUCGCCACAACAGUCAUCUGUUUGUCAAUUGGUCCGCGGUCGAACUGUCUCAGAGUCCCAGGCCAGUACUGAUGAACCUCCUCAGCUUCAAAGUCAACCAGCUUCCACCAGCAUCCUGAGGAGGAAGGUGCUGUCCAAGGAGACGGUGAGGCAAUACCAGGAAAAGACCCUCCAGAAGCAGGCCAGCAAGGAGUCCCAGAAGGGGGGUCAGGGCAGCCCAUCGAGGAGCAGCCAGUCAGCUAUGCAAGUACCCUGGGAGAGAGAGGUCUCCGAAGAGGGGGUUCUGGGGCUCGGCUUGUGUCUGGGUCAGGGUAAAGGCUCUGGGGCUGCUGCCGUAAAGGAAAAAGGCCUCUUGGAGGAGAUUGAAUCCAUGUGUUGCCUCAAUUCAGUCUUCAACACAAGCCUGCAGCUCUCCCAGGUCUACUGUAACUCCAACAGUCAUGGCCACAGUCACCACCAUGCCCACGGCAAAGCCACAGACAAGUCCUGAGCGAGGCCCCUAACUAAGUCUCAGAAUUAAAAUCAGUGUCCGUUUAAUGCUACAAGUGGCAUUGAAACUUUUCCACCAUAUGUCUUCAAGCUCAGUU